UCUCCGCUCUCCCCUCACUCCUCAGUCCUCACUGUCCAUCACUAACUUCCCAUUCUUUCUCUCUCUCUUCCUGCUGCUUCUUCCUCAGUUCUUCUGCAGCGGAAGAGCCAAGUUAGAAACAGACGCCCCCAGUCCAAUCCAUGGCUUCCCAUUUUACCCCCACAAUCUUCCUUUAUUCCCUCCUCCUCCUAUCCUCCUCUUCUCCUUCUCCUGUUCUCUGCUUCAACAUCACUUCUUUGCUCUCCAAUUUCCCAGAUCUCUCUCAAUUCGCCUCCCUCCUCUCCUCGACCUCCUCUGUCGCCGCAGAUCUUAAUCGCCGUACCUCCCUCACCAUCCUCGCCGUCCCCAACGCUCUACUCUCAUCUUCCUCUGAUCUCACGCGCCACCGUAUCUCCCCCAAUUCGAUGCCUGAUGUCCUCCGUUAUCACAUUCUUCUCGAGUUCUUCUCGUGGUCUGACCUGCGUUCUCUCCCUGCCUCUGGUAAGCUUGUUACCACUCUCUUUCAAACCACUGGCCGUGCUACUGAUAACUUCGGCUCUGUUAACAUCACUCGCGACCCAGUCAACGGCGUCGUCUCGGUUCACUCUCCUGCGCCUUACUCUUCUUCAUCUGGUUCCCCUUCCAAUGCCACUGUGCUUUCCCUAAUCAAGACCCUUCCGUAUAAUGUCAGCAUUUUUGCUGUUAAUUCUCUUCUUAUCCCUUUCGGGUUCGAUCUUAUGGCUUCCGAAACUCGACCCCCUCCGGGGUUGAACAUAACCAAGGCGCUUAUCGAUGGUCACAACUUCAAUGUCGCUGCAUCUAUGUUGUCGGCUUCGGGUGUUGUUCAAGAGUUCGAGGCUGAUGAAGGCGGUGCUGGGAUUACUAUGUUCGUUCCUGUGGAUGAUGCAUUUGCUUCCCUGCCUCCUUCCGUGAGCUUACAGUCUUUGCCGGCCGAUAAGAAAGCUGUGGUGUUGAAGUUUCAUGUGCUCCAUUCGUAUUAUCCCCUGGGUUCCUUGGAGUCAAUUGUCAAUCCACUGCAGCCCACGUUAGCUACAGAAUCCAUGGGAGCGGGUAGCUUCACACUUAACAUCUCGAGGAUCAAUGGUUCUGUGGCGAUCAAUACUGGGAUCGUUCAAGCGUCAGUAACUCAGACUGUGUUUGAUCAAAAUCCAGUGGCAAUUUUUGGGGUGUCUAAGGUGCUGUUGCCUAGGGAGGUAUUCGGGAAGAAUCCAAUUGUGACAACAAAACCUGGAGGCCCUGUUCCGGAAGGUGCUCCACCGCCGGAUUCAUCAAUGUCGCCUGAGAAUUCACCGGGAUUAAAUGGCCAACCUUCGCACCUUUCCUCUCCACCAGGUUUCCGCGAAGAAAUACGGUCGACAGCUGUUUCAUGUGGUUAUCAGUCUUUGUUCAUUGUUCUUUGCUGUAUAGGAUCGUACGUAGUGGUAUAAGAUUGAUUGUUUUUCAUCGUAAUUAUAAUCAUAAUUAUUAUUUUUUUGUGGGAUUUUAUUUUGACUUUUUACACUUCUGCUGCCCGAUUAAUUAAAUUUGGUUGCAAAAGCAACCUUUUUUUGGGUGUUAUUCCUUACCUUCUUUAUGGAAGCUUAUACAAUCGUCAAUGUUAAUCAUGCCCUUGUUAUGAUAACUGGUGUCACAGAGAUAAACUGUUGAUAGUUUUCUCUGCAUUUCUCUUGUAAUUUCCUUAUUUUAAUAUAAAAUACACUCCAACCUGUUUGAACA